AUGUCCAGUGUGCCCACAGUGGAUCCCUCAGGGGAAUCCCUCAUCAUCAGUCCCAAGGAUUUUGAGCGUAUCAAGAAUGCAUCUCAUGUCCUGACUAAAGAGGAACGCGAAUCUCAAGAAGCAGCCGUCAAGGCAGAACGAGAAGCCAUCCUAGCUGCCGUGAAUGAGCGAAAGAAAUCCAUGAAGUUGAAAGAGAUCCUACGGAAGAAGAAUGAAAAACUGAAUGACCUAGAGGAGGAGGCCAAGGAGCGGGCUCAGUACCUGCUGGAGCGAGCUGCUAACCUGCGAAUGGAACAGGAAGAUGAGAUCAAGUCACUCAGUGAGAUCAUCCUGGAAGCAAAAUGCCAUGCCAUUCGUGAUGCUCAGAUCCUUGAGAAGAAGCAGAUUGAGAAAGAGAUGAAUGAGGAGCAGAUGCGGUUGGACCGAAUGAUGGAGGUGGAGAGACAAAAAGCCAGCAAGAUGCAACAUGAGCUGGAGCAAAAGAGGAAGGAGGAGUUGUACAGGGGAAGGAGCCACAUCAUUGAACAAAUAGAGAACAACAGGGAAUUGCGUGCCAUGAAGGCUGAGCAACGGGAUCAAGAGGCCCAAGAGAUGCUGGAGUACCUGGAGCGACUUCAGUUUGAAGAUGAAAGAGAAAUGGAGCGUAGGAGGCUGGAGCAGCUGAGGAUCCAGGCUGAGAUCAAGCACAUCAAUGAUGAGAACCAGAAGUGCAAAGAAGAGAAGCUAGAACAAGAGAGGAUGGCUGAUAUGCGGGUGCUAGAAUACCAGAGGAAGAAGAUGGCGCGGGAGGCUGAAUUUGAGGCCGAGCAAGAGAAAAUACGUCGUGAAAAGGAGAUGGAGACGGCCCGCUUGCGGGCAUUGCAAGAGAAAGCCCAGGAUCACCAGGCAGAGCAGGAUGCCUUAAGAGCUAAGCGCAACCAGGAGGCAGCUGAACGAGAGUGGCGCAGGAAGGAAAAGGAUGCUGCACAGAAAAAGGCUCAAACAGAAGCCAUGUUGAAGCAGAGCCGCUUGGAACAGGUGGCCCAGAAAGAGCACAGCUUGGCUGUCCAAGUGCAGCGAGACCGAGCUGAGUUUGAGAGGAUUGUUAGGAUCCAACGGGAGCAGAUUGAGAAGGAGCGGAAGGAGCAUGAACGACGUGUAGCUCUUCAGCAGACCCAUGCUGAUGAGAUCCGGCGCCAAGUGCGUGAACACCAACAGCAACAAAUCCAGGAACGUAUUGCUAUAUUUGAGGAAGGUAAACGGAUGAAGGAGGAGGCACGGCGGCGCAGUGAGCGCAUCAAUGAGAUCAAGCGGAAGAAACUGGAUGAACUCCGAGCUGCUGGCCUCCCUGAAAAGUAUUGUGCUCAAGUGGAGCGAAAAGCAUUUACCCAGUCAGCCCCAGUGCGCUAAAUGGGAAAACCACUUCCCCACUAUGACACUGUAUUAUCUCUAUAUGUAUCCUAGAUUUUCUAUUUUCUUAGUUUCUGGACAUGUUUUAUGAAUAGAACUAUUUCUGGA